CUUUGCGGCUAAACAAAACAAAGGCUUCACAUCACAGCGCAGAGCCGCAGAGCUUCACGCUCGCCCACGCAGCCCCUCCCCCACCACCAGCGCCGUCCCCCUCCGCGUCCGUGCUGCCUCCCCUUCCCCUCGCCUCGGCAUCUCCAGCGCGCGCGGCGCAUCUCGGGCGGCGGAGGGGGGUAGCGGAGCGGCGCCUCGCCCCGGCCGCGGCAUUUGAGGAAGGAAGGAAGGAAGGAAGCAAGCAAGCAAGGAGGCGGCAUUGCCUGCGGGAAGGAAGGCGUUGGAUAGAAGCUUCCGGAUCCGGAUCCGGACCCGCGCUGACGACCGCCGGAGUUUGGGGCAGCUAGGUAGCUGCUGUGCUCUGAGAUGGAGGACCUGUUGGGUUCAGAGAUCGGGAAGAACGACUAUGACUGGUGAUUCUCAAGUCUCAACUUACAUGCCUGCUCUUUCCCUGUCUAAUGUUUCUAGCUUUUUUUUUAAGAAAAAGGGGCGCGUGUGUAUGUAUAUCAGUAUAUGUGUUUAUGAUCUCUGCACUUUGUUGGCUGAAGAGGGGAAUAAUGAAGUACAAGGGCUGUAUUAUCCCCUGGAUAGACUUCAAUUGCCCUGGCUUGGGGACGGAUUUGUACGGAUCACUGCUUUGAAUGAAUUCAAGCUUGUUCGUAUUGACUAGUCAGGCGUCAAGGCGAGUACUUAGAUUGGCCUGCUCUGGUGUUGGAACUUGGAAGAAUCACUGUUUGAAUGAUUGAUGAAGCUUGAUCUUGGAAAGCACCAUUUCACCAUCAUGUUGGUUUCCAGGUGUUGAUUGCCUGAUUUUUGUGGUUGAUGUGAUCUUUCUAGCUAAAGAUGACUUUUGUGGCGGUGGUGGUUGUUGGGAGGAAAUGUGUCGCUGUGCAAAGCAAAGUUGAAACACCAGAUAUGCAAGUGAGUUGAUUGUCCUGUGUGGGCUCUUCCCUUGGAAGGCCAACCUGGAGAUUGGUAAUUGGCACUCAACAGUGAAAAAGAGUGAAAUAUAUGGAUCUUAUUGUUGGUGAGGUACUGCUGAGGCAUUUGAUAAAGGCCAAUUCGAGGCAUUAGCAUGAGUAUAAUGCAAAAGACAGGCCAGUUGAUGCCAGUCAAAUAUACCGUCUCCUGAUAUUUGGCUUCUAACUCCGCCUGGGACACCACGUGUUCCUGCACUGGAGGUUGCUGAGAAAACACCAUCCUCAAAUAUAUUGCCGAAGCGCACUACUGCUAGGUCAUCCUCAACUACUAGAGCAUCUAGGCUUUCAGUAUCUCAAACAGAGAAUGGGCAUUCGACGGUUCCCACUAGACCAGCAAGAAGUAACUCUGUCAGCCGACCUUCUAUCCAGUCUACUCUCAUGAAUGGCAACAACAGGACAUCAGUUCUCAAUACAAGCAUUUCCUCAGUCACUUCAAGACCUACAACCCCUAGCAGGCGAAGCAACACUUCUGCUGCACCAAGACAAUCAGUUCCAGCUUCACGUCCAGUGCCUGCAAGAUCAUCUACACCAGCCAAAACUCGCCCAUCUACACCAGCCAAAACUCGUCCAUCUACUCCUACAAGAACUCGCCCAACAGCCCCAAACUCUUUAACUGAUUCAGCUGCUCCCAAGUCCACUUCUGCACAUAAUUCAAGGCCAUCAACUCCAAAUUCUCGGUGCCGUAUAAUGCCCAAUCCAUCUUCUGGUCCAACUCACGCAACAAGUCGCCCAGGCCCAUCCUCUGGUACAAUGAGCCGGCCAGGGUCUUCCUCAGGCAAUGUUCAUGGAAUAAGCCGUGCCACCUCAUUGUCCUCAAGUUCUGUUCCUUCAAUGAGCCGUUCCAACUCGCGAUCAUCUACACCUACACGCCAGCCUGCAACUCGUUCAUCAGCCCCAGCUAUCGGUCGCUCUCCUUCUGUUGGACGGAGUUCUAGCAUCAGUAGCUUUACAUCUGCCUCCCGGUCUGCAGUCAGUAGUGGGCGGAACUCGGCACCUUCAUCAGCUCCGUCAUCUCGUCCAAGUUCUCCGAAUCCACGUCCUCGAGCUCCAGUGCGGCCACUUGAUAUCCCUGAUUUCCCAAGCGAAACUCCACCAAAUUUAAGGACAAAAUUACCUGAAAGACCGCUCUCUGCUGGCAGAUCAAGGCCAGGAAUGGCUUUAGGCAUAAGGUCAAAUCCAAAUACUGAACCUUCAGCUACAUCAGCUCCUGUGAAGAAGGUCUCUGUGCCUGCUGUGAGUCGAAGUAAAUUUUCUGAUCCAUCAUCAAAGACGUCUACACUCUCAAAUGGACACCAAAAUCGACAGGCUGAAAGGUCCGUUGUUGAUAGUCAACCUAAUAGACCAUCAAGGACUGCCACAAGCACUGAUAAUGGAUUUGGGAGGUCGAUAUCAAAGAGGUCUCUUGACAUGGCUAUCAAACACAUGGACAUUCGGCAAAACUUGGGUGGCAUUCGCGGCGCAUCCCUCUUCCCCCAGAGCAUCCGCUCGGCUGCUGCCAAGGCCCGGCCAGCUCGGGCGUCAGACCCGGGGCACGGCAUCUCAAACGGCGACAGGCACUACGCGGACAACGGGAGCAGCGUGAACGGGCACCUCUCCGGGGACUCAAACGGCGCUCCCUCGCGCAACGGCGGCAGCUCAACCGCGUCGCCGGACCGGGCGAGCGUCGGGACCAAGGAGACCCUGAGCGAGCUGGACAUCUACGGCAGCUCGCGCUAUGAGGCGAUGCUGCUGCGGGAGGACGCGCGCAACACCAGCUGGCUGCACGGCUUGGACGACAAGCACGACCAGAGCCCGCUGUUCGACCACCGGUUCGAGCCGCUGCCGGAGCCCUUCAGCCCGCUAUGACAGCUAGAGCCGCCGCCUGUAAAGUUCGUCUGGAUCCGUGGAUCGUCACCUGCUCUCCGUUCCUGUUCCCCGUCAUGCUGCAAGAUCUGUAUGGUUUGUCUGUCUUUUUUUUUUCUGUUGUAUAAUUGGUUGGUUCUGCACGUUCACCGUUUUCUGGAGCCGAUGAGACGGGAGGGAUUGCGGGGUUCUGGGUCUCGUGAUUCGUCCCUGGAGAUUGCAUUGGGUUUCCACUUUCCCGCGGGUUGUUGUACUGCUGAAUGAAGAAAGAAAGGAUCUAAAAGGACAGAAAUGGUAAAGGAUUUGUAAGUUAUAUUGGAAUGA